AUGGAUGCAAGAGGUCCUCAAGUAAUGUUUGGUGUUGGUGCAUGGGAACAAAUAGUUGACAGGUUUUUGUAUUGUGCAAACUCUUCAAAGGAAACAGGUGGAAGUAAAACGAUUUCAGGUGAAAAUUUACCUGCACACAGUCACUACAUAGAUUUAAGUACAUCUCAAGCAGGUUGGCAUAAGCAUAGAUAUUGGGAUUGGUCAGGAAUGACAAAAGGUAAAGGAUAUGAUGUUAAAGACGACGUUAAGUUUGCUAUAAAUUGUUACUGGGAUGACACUCAGGGAGAAGGAAACCAUACACAUUUCGUUUCAGGAUAUACGCAAACAACGGGACAAAGUAAAGAUUACAUGCCACCAUUUAUGACUGUAUUCGCAUGGUAUAGAGUUCAAUGA